GUGGUCUUUGGUGAAACUAAAUUCAUCAGUAUCGGAUCUGUUUCAUCCAUCCAUUUUCUUGACUUCUUAUCCAGUUCAUGGUGACGGGGGUCCUGGAGACUAUCCAGGUGGGCCAGAGUUGGUGUACAGCCAAGACAGUGGCAUCGACAGGAAACACCGAGCUGAGCUCAGAGGGCAGCUUUCUUCAUAUAACCACGGCAUGAAGAAGAAAAAGCAGCAGCACGUGAGACACACCAAAAAUCAGCAUAAAAAGUUAAAAAACAUUUCUGUGAACGCAAACAAGCAGGAGUCUGAGAGCUUCCUGGAUGAGUUGAUCGGGUGGUUUUCUGAUCAUCAGCAGCAGAUCAAUCAGCUGUUCAUCCGCAGUGACGCAGACAGAAGUGGAUCAGUCAGCCUGAAGGACUUUGAGUUUCAGCUCCACACGCUGACUCAGCAGCUGAAGACCUUCAAUGACAUGAUUAGUUAUCAAGAUUUGAUGAAACAAAUACAGUCUCUGAGUCACAGCGCAGAGCCCCGCGCUCAGAUAACAGAGGACUUCAUAAAAAGACAAGAACCAGUGGAGACAGAAAAUUUAAAACAUCAGCAGAGACGGCAAAACACUGAAACCCAGAGGUUCAUCCGUCUGAGUGUCCGACUGAUCCCCUUCACCUCGUCCACAGCGCACCCUGGAAACUUUGAGGUGGUUUUAUCGAGCAGCCGCACAGUUUUUGGUCUGAUGAGUGCGAUCGAGGACCGAGCUGGGAUCCACACCUCAAGCCUGGAGGUUUUCAGUAGCAGAGUGCCAACAGAGGAGGCCCGUCUGCCCCUGGAGAGCACGCUGGAGGAGUGCGGCUUCAAAGGAGGGCCAGAGGAGAGGCCUCCAGAGGCCACCGUGUAUUAUGACUACAGACUGCCAUUUACAGACUGUCCCAUCCUCAACUACGACCACUACAUCAGGUCGAAGCAGGAUUCUACAUCGUAUCGGGGUCUGUGAAUUACAAAGCUGUUUGGAGGUACCUACACCUACUGUAGAGACCAGUUUUGUUAUAUGCUUGAGUUUCAAUAUAACAACAACAAAGGUGACUUCGAACAGCACCCAAUGUCACACAUAGUUGAGGUCAGAAGUAAACACACCCUAAUCAUACACAUGAAUGUUGUGUUCAUUCUGGGCUAUCAGGGAUCCUCUUUUUCCUGGAUGCAAUGAUUGCACAACAGACAUCUUUAAUGACUUUAUUAAAACAAAAACUCGGUGCACAUGUUUAAUAUGGAUUUUCCUAAUCCACACAGGCUCAAAUAUACACCAUACACUCACUUAAAUCUUUAAAUAAGUGGUUGCUGAGUUUUCUACAGUAUAUUAUCCUGACAAGUCCAAAGCUAUUAACUUCUCAUUGGGGUCCUGAUUGACUACAGCUGGUAGUUCCUCUUUGCCAGAAAACAAUUUCUUUGACAACAUUCAUUGGAUUGACAAAUAUUCAGAACAAUGGGAAAGUCAAGGAGCUCAGAGAAGAGCUAAGGGGAAUUGUAGAUUUACCUAAGAACACAUUAUGUGAAUGAGUCAUCACUUUGCCAAAGUCUGGAAUAUGAAAAGUUGUUAGGAUGUUCAGGAACAACCCAGGAACCAGGACUCAAGACGCUGCUGUAAAACCAGUGAAAGCAAGUUUUACAUCACCACGGACUGAGAGUGUGCUGACCAAGAAAGAAGACCCUGCUGUAAAAUCCAGAAAAACCCUUUAAACUUGAAAUUUGCAGCUGCAAAUGCAACGCAAUGACAAUGACAGGCCUUCAAACCUAAGAACACUUUCCCAACUGUCCAGCAUGGUGGUGGUAGCGUUACGCUCUGGGGCUGUUUCGCCGCCAGUCGUAAUCAUGGGUUGCAAGAGACAUCAACAACAGCUAGACAGUUUAAACUUGGACACAGUUGGGUGUUCCAAGAAGACAAUGAUCCCAAACAUAAAACAAGCUAAUGUUGAGCUUCUGGAAUGGCCUUCCCAAAGCCCUGACCUCAUCCCUAUUGAAAAUGAGUGGACUACGCUUAAAAAUCAGGUCUUUAGCAGCAAACCAACCAAUUUAUAUGAUCUCUGUUAAGUCUGCCACGUAAAGUAGACACAUAUCCAGAAGGCUGUUGAUGGCUGCCAGAAGAUAUAUAUAUGUAUAUAUAUGUACAUGUAUUUGAACCUGUGUGGGUUAGAGAAAAUCCCAAAUGAAUUCAAACUCAUGAACCAAGUUCUUGUUUUUGUUUUAGUCAUUAAAGAUGUAUGCUGUGCAGCCAUUUCUCCCUGGAAAAAGAACACCUUGAAGAAAUCAUUAAAAGCCCCAAAUUACCACAACAUUAAUGCCCAUGAUGACCUCAGUGACAGCUAGCUGGCUAACCACCCCCAUGUUGGCAGUUACUAAAGUAAAUAUUAGCUUUACAGCUUUACUGAUGGAUACAACAGUACUGUUUUAUUAUACAUAAUUUAGUACCAUAAAUCAAGUAAUUUGGUAAGUCGGCUAACCAGUUUUAAUAGAAGAUGUUUUCUGCUGCUCAUAAAAUACAAAAAUAUGCAGGGAUGUCUUCAGUAUCCCCUUUUUGUUUGCUAGUGUUAAUAAACAUGGCGAUAGAUGCCUCAUGCUUAUUUAGACUGGAAUAACAGUAAUAUCUAUUUCUAACCUCACUCAGGUCUUCCCAUUUUAUUAUUAAAAAGAACUGAAAUUCGCACAAACUAAAUUAAGAAAUAAAAAUUAAAACAAAGCAUAAAUGAAAGCUAAUGAGCUCCUCGAGUGAACCCUCAGCAACAUUUAAAGGAGGAUUUAUGUAAGAAAGCUGCAGGGAGCGCCUCACUCAGCACCUCGCGGUCAGCUCGUGCUUUAAUUACACCCUCAGGGACGCAGUUUAAGCCGGCGUGUACAAAUCUUCACACCAGGUCAGAGUGGCGCUUUUCCCCGCAGGGCCUCGCUGGCUGAACGCUGCCAUGCUGGAGUCAGUGGAAAGUGCCUGGCUGGUGGAAACCGCAGAGCCGCUAUAAACAGUGGCCACCAAAGCGUGCCAUGCAGCUACCACACCCCACAGCUUCCCUCCUCCUCCUACUGCUGCUCCACCCAGCCCAGCUUUUACAUCCCAGCUUCAACCCCGAAGCCUCCUCGUCCUGUUUACUAACACAGGCCCGAUUUAAGGAAACAGACCGUAAAAUGAGCAUAAGAGACAGGUUUUCCAAGUCAAAAUAAUAUUUAUUCCACAGGCUCAAAAAUACUGCGCAGUAUAAAUAUUACAAAACAGAAUAGUUUAAGAUGAAAAACACAGACAGACGUCAGGUGUUCGAGCUCUGCAGCAGUUUUCUUUUUUACAUCAGAUGUUUUAUGCUUUUAUUCAUUAAACCAGCUGAACACGUUAAUGCUGAGCAGAACAAAGUCGGGUUUAUGUUUCCUUUAAUAAACUGAGUUCUUCCAGAGGAGUUUGGAGAAGUUCUGGAAUUUAAAUGUCUCAUUUUUAUUUUUGGCCUGAGCUCUGCGGUUUGGAGGGAAACUAAACUGUAAUUAGAGCCGCAUUAAUGAGGCAAUUAACCCAAUACCUCAUAAAAUGUGUACUGUCAUGUUCCCAAAAGCUUUUUAACUUUUAAGUUGCUUUCACAUAUGAAGUUUAGUGCCUUUACUUUUUUUCCAUGUUUAACACAGCAGGAAGAAAUCUGCUUCAAACUACCAGGAAUACUCUGCAUGGUUUAGGCCACAAUCCGACAUCUAUGGUGCCAAAAUCCCAAUAAACUAUCCCAGUAAGAAGCUGGGACAAACAGGGCGUUUGUGUAGGAAAAUGUGUGACGCUAAUCUGCUAAAUAGUCUAAAUGAGCUAAUGGUGUGUUGACUUAAAAAAUGAAGACAACAUGAACCAUGCAUCAUGUUUGGUAUUCGACAUGUUGGUUAAAGUAGCUGCGUUUCUCUUUUCUUUGUGCUAAUUUCCUUCAUAUUUUCAAGGCUGGACUGAGUGCGGGCGCCUCAGACGAGGCCCCUUCUGCUGCGCUUUCUUCUGAAAAACUGAUCCUAUCAUGAUGUGGGUCAUGUAUCAGUAAGUGGAAUAGGUGUACGACGUCACCCUGACCUCUUUGUAGGCAGGCUACAGAUGACUCUGUAGCGCGUAAACAGCUUUUCAUUUAAGUAAAUAAAAGAAAAUAUUCUUUAGGUUUGGACUCAUUAGUUUUUUUUAUUGUUUUAUAGAAAGAUCAAUGAAGAAAAUAACCUGUAGAAUAAUUGAUAAUAAAGAUGAUCAGGCUUCACUGUGGUUAUGAUUACGAAUAACUUCUUUUUCUGUUUCUCUGGAUUGCAGCGAAACUUCCAAGCAGCGGUUCUCAAACUUUUUCUCUUGACGUGCCUCACAAAGAUUCACAACCUACAUAUUUUUAUCAGUUAAUACAAAAUAAAAAAGUAGCUCUAAAAAUUAAUCAAGUUUUUUUAAUUGGUUGUCCACACCUUAACAAACAAGGGUUGUACCAUCUUGUACAGCAAAAAUAUAAAGAAAAUAAGCUGUGGAAUAACUGAUAAAUAAAACCUGCAGUGCCAGUUGUGAUUCUCUGACUUUGUCUUAAUUUAACUUCUUAACUUCCUGGUGAACCACUUUGACUUAGUCUAAACCAGAAGAAGUUACCGAUCUCACCGUAUAUGCCCAACAGGUCAAAGAUGCAACGUAACUAUAGCCUAAAAAAGAUCCUCAUGGUUAA